AUGAGCAGGGAGAUAAAAUUCUCCCAUAUCGGGAUUCGAUUAAAAGAAGCAAAAAGUGUACAGUCGUAUAGUCGGGACAGUGUUGCGACAGAGACGGCUGCAUCGCGCGUCCCGCUCGCUCCGUACGCAGCCGGGGCGCACUCGGCCGGCCGUCCCGGCUCCCGCUACAACAUGCAACUGACGAACCUUCCGGCACCGUGCGCCUGCGAGCUCGGCUCCUGU